CAUUUGCUUGCUCCUAGUCCACAAGUGAAAACAACAUGAAAAUCUUCAUCUGCUUAUUGGCUUUCGUAGCUGUCGCUUCGGCAGGAUACUUGGGUGGUGGCGGUGGUUACGGAGGAUUCGGAGGCGGUAGUAUCGGUGGCGGUCAUGGAGGAUACGGAGGUGGAAGCAUCGGUGGCGGUUAUGGAGGAAUCGGAGGUGGACAUGGAGGCUAUGGAGGCGGUGGAUACGGUGGUGGUCUCGGAGGAUACGGAGGUGGACUCGGAGGCGGAAUCGGUGGUGGAUCCGUGAAAAUCAUCAAAGUCAUCUCAUCAGGCGGAAGCGGACUUGGAGGGGGAUAUGGUGGAUACGGUGGUGGAAUCGGAGGAGGAUACGGUGGUGGACUCGGAGGCGGAUAUGGCGGCGGUCUCGGAGGAGGCUAUGGCAAAAAAUGGUAAAAAGAAACGAUGAAGUUUUGAAUGUACCUGAAGUCUGAUGCUUUCGACUUUCGAUAUUGCUUUGUUAUGACUUUUACUUCGAAAUUUUUUGUAAUAAAAUAGAAAAAUAA